UUGCCGCGGAAACCACUCGAUGAGGGCCUCAGGCCUGACGGAAAGUAGGGGGAACGCACCCCAGAGACGGGCUCAUCCCCUGACUGGCUAUGGAUCAUCUUUCAUAUCCUCCGUCUCUCAAACCCCACCCGCCGCGUCUCACGUUUAAUUGCCCACUCACGCCGCAGAAGUUCACCCCCACACCCCAGCUAGCAGCUGCUGCUGAACGCCCCGGGAAUACCUUAGCGGGCCUUGCGGUUAACGCUUCAGCUUGAAGACCCGAUGCGAGGCAGGAGGACAGCUUGGAGCAAACGGCUGGAAUGAUUCAACGGGAACCGGGGUGGUGUAAAGGACAGACUUUCAUGAUUGCUUAAGUGGACCUGAAGGAAUGGGAGAGACUUCAUAAACUACAAACCUGCCGUCUUCUCUGAUGACAACAUUUCUAUUUCCAGCACUGCUACUCAAGACAGCCAGCUCAAACUACAGCUAUCAUGUCAGGAUGGUAUAGGAUGAAGUCAUGUCUCUAGGCCCAAAAUUGCUCAGUGAUCUUCCAUCGCCUAUCUGCAGUCUCUAGUUGCAAGUUAAUGGUCUUCCAUCAGUCAUGUUUUCAACCAUCGAGUUAUCACUAUCUAGGGACAUUGAGACAGAAAAAAAUCACAAAGAAGACAGGCACUGAGGAAAUGCUCAAAGUAAGACAACAUCUAUUCCAUUUAACAAGACUGAAACCCAAUCACUUUCACAGAACCUCCGAAUGUAAAAGUAGAUAACUUUGAAGAUUACUUGGUAACAGAUGAUCUCCUAGUGGAUUAUUUCAAUUUAUUUCUCAGCCUAUUUUGAACCCUGUUUACAAUGCAACAGUCAAAUUUAAAAUGAAUAACCCUCCACGAAACCUCACUGCUGCGGAUUUGAACUUUGAAACCACCUUCACUAUACAGUGCCUCGACCAGGAGCAGGGCGUUUCAUGGAUAAAAAAUGAGAGACUCUCAGCAUUCCUUAAGAGUGACUGUUACUUUGAGUACAGACUUGCAAAAUUGCUAUCUCAGUUGGACUGCCACACCGGGCCUGGUACACAACGUGUCGACACUACAUACCAUCCAUGGGUUGUUCUGUCAGAAACAAAAACCAUCCCUGCAGUGGUAGACAAAGCUGAACUUGCCAUGAAAGAAUUGUACAUCUGCCUUGGACAGGCUUCUGUUAGCCAAACCAAAGUGUUGUUCACAGAGGCCAAAGAAGAAAUUCCACUGAUUGUCAUCCAGUCAGACCGCAGGUCUACGAUUAAGACUGAAACAUCUGCAGUAUCAUCAAGAACUUCCUUGCAAACUUUAAGAAGCGAAGGCUCUGAUCUUUCACUCUUGCAUGAGGUUAUGACGAGCGUUGAAGCUGGAAUGUUGCCAAUUAGAAAUAAAACUGGCAGACAGCACUCAGAUAAAACACAUUUCGAAACUGAUCAUGAUCACUGCACUGCCGGACAUACCAAGCCAAAGGUCGUGGAUAAUGAAUUAUUUGAAUUUGUUCCUGAGUACCCUUUGCAGACACCAGCAACAAUUUUUAUGACAGCGAGGUCUGAGAUUGAAACUGAAGAAAAUGAAGAUCAAUACAGCACUGAAGAUUCAAUAGAAAUCCAAGAGGAAGAAGUUAGUAUAGUCAGUGGAACAACAGAAAGCUCAGAGACCAAACUCCCUUCUAAACCUGAUGAAACAGAACGUCCUUUGAACAAGAGUCCAGUGAUUGACGUUCAUAUGGUGCCAACAUCGACUGUUUUAAAAGUUUCUGAGCAGAAUGGGGACAGACAAUCAGAAGAGAGUAAUAGUACAACGUCUCAAGGUUUAAUGAAAGAUGUGGAAGAGGAAAAUACAGAAACUGAUUCUUCUAGUGAAGAUGAUGAUAUUAGACAUGUCUGCUAUGCUACAUCACAUCAUGGUUACAAUUUAAAGAACAGAAAGGGAAUUGAAAGGUUCAAGAAGUUUCUCCAGGAAACAGCUGGUGAGAAAUACUGGUGGCUCUGGAUGGAUAUUGAAAGAUUAAAAAUUAUCGAGGAUGACAAAAAGAGACAAAGCUACCUGAACCUCAUCAGGAAUCGUUAUUUGUGCAGCAAUGGUGAAUUCUACCUGAAUGAGGAAACGCGUACAAAGCUGGACCUAUUAUUUGUCUCAAAUUGGACUUUAGAAAAUUUGUGUCAGAUACAGUCAAAUAUAGUGAUACCUCUACUUCAAUAUUGGGGCCCAAGGUAUUGUGUUAACCAAGGAUUUCCCAUAAGAAAAGCUGGCACAAUACUGAAAGAUUGGGAAGAUCGUCACCUGAGACCUAAGUCAGAAAAAGGUCUACCUACUAAGACUGCUAUAUCAAACCCAAUUCGUACUAAAAUUGAUUGCAACCUGGAAGAGUAUGAUGAUAUCCAGAAAAAGCAUUCAGCAAAGGGACGCCCAGAUAGUGCAACUCAUGUAUCACCACAAAGAAAUCCACUGAAAACAGAAACAGAGAAAACAACUUUCAAAAAUGUGAUGGAGAGCUUUUCCGACAAUCUGGUGAAUAAAGACAACCUUCUCACUUCAAUUGGCAGCAUUUGGACUGAUGGCACAGAUUCUGUAUUUCCUUUUGAAAAUCUAAACUUACGUGAAACAAAAGAGAAUAGCAAUUUGGAGAAGUUGAUGCGGAUCAAAAAUUACCACGAAGCUUUAUGUGAUUAUAAAAUGGACAACUUGCUGCAGGCCCUGCACUACGAAAAUAGGACCGGAUACUUCUUCACUUCUUUUUGCAAACAAACAGGAAAUCUGUUAAUUUUUGCUGAAUACAUUGUUGAAAAAUCCCCAGAAGAUGUGGAAAUAGAUGCAGAAAGCAAGAAAAUAAUCUAUCAAAAUCUGGAGCCACCAUUCGAAGAACUGUUUGAUGAGGUGGAGGAAUAUGUUCUCAUCGUGCUACUGGUUCCUUGGAUGCACAUGAUUGAAAUGGAUAAGUCGAGUUUCAGAAAGGUGGAGUUGAUACAGCAGACUCGGAAAUUGGAUUCAAUAUACUACAAGAAACUUGAGGAACUACGGAGAAACAUGUUUCCUGAUGAAGAAUUCAUUCUUCCUUCCCAUUCCAUCAGUGUGGUAAAACCUCCAGAUGAUGUGAAAGGCUCAAACUACUGGCAGAUCGUUCCUGAAGAAUUCUGUAAUUACACAUUGAAUGCACUUAUUCGUAAUCGCUUAGACCUUGAAAAUUUCCAGGUAUUCCUUCGAGAAAAUUUAGCAGGUAUGGAUCUCAAGUGCUGGAUGGACAUUGAAUACUUCAGAAGAAUACCUCACAAUGAAAAGGAGACUAGAGAUAUUACAUCCAAAGAGAUCAAGACCAAAUAUUUGAAUAGGCAGUACUUCUUUGGACCCAGUAGCCCAGCUACCAAAGUGCAACAAAAUGAGGUGAUGACACUGGCUGGGGGAUGGGGCAAGUUGCUGCAUGAUCGAUUGUCUUCAGAUGUUCUCAUUGAAGUUCAAAAAUAUGUAAAAGCACGCUUGGAAAGAAAAUGGCUGCCAAUGUUUCUGGCUUCAGAAGAUUUUUCUCAGAGGCGCCAUCAACAGGUUCAAAUGCAAGAUGUAGUGGAGGACCAGAUGUUACAAAAGGGUAAGAAGAAGCUCCUGCGGAACAAAUGGCUUUCCUCAUCCAAAGAUAUCAUCGCAUUCCGUAAAACCUUGUUAAAUCCAGUUACAGCCCUUCAGUUUCAACAGUUUGUGUCACUGAAGGGUGAAUUUAUGCAGAAUAAUGUCAUCUUCUGGCUUGAGGUUCAAAAGUACAAGGACUUGUUCCAUUCUCAGGCUAGUGAGGAGACUAUUCAAAAUAAGAUCACCUCCAUCAUCAAUUGUUUCAUCAAUUCCAGCAUUCCUCCACCUAUACAGAUCAAUAUUUCAUCAGAAUGUGCAAGAAGAAUCGUGAAUUACAGACAAGAUCAGGGACCGUAUAUCUUCAGAGAAGCACAGCUGACAAUAUUUGACUUUCUCUUCAAAUUAUGGCCGGACUUUUUGAACUUCCGACAUAGUGUUGCCGAUGAGAGCAUCCUGCCAACCUUGGAAAGAAAACUAAUGAGGAAAUAUGUAAAUGUCAAAAGGAGCGUGACAUCAGAGAGCUCAGAGCAGGAUGUUAUGUUGGGUGCAAAUGAAUUACAGUUUGAGAGCAGAAAGCCCAGCAUAGGUCAACUAUCUGAGAAGAGUGAAGAUAGUGAAAGAAGAAACAACAGGAAACUAAGCCAAACUAAUUCAGGCUGACAACUGAAAAUAAACUUGACUAAAACCCAUGAAUUAAAGUAACUUUACAUCUGAAUGAAG